AUGGGCAAAUACCGCUCCAAAAGCGGUUGUUCGACCUGCCGUCAACGUCGCGUCAAAUGCGACGAGGUCAAACCAGUCUGUGGAAAUUGCGCAAAGAAAAACCGCGACUGUCAAUGGGCGACGCCGCAGACCAAGUUUCAGGGCUAUCACCCAGACACAGGCUCGUCGAGUGCAACAGCGCAGACCGAAACAGAAGAGGUGGAUGCUGAUGGGGAUGAUGAGCAUGUGGCCUUAGCGCCCAGUCGACGUCAGAGAAGCCAGAGGACUGCUACUACCGGCCAAAACACCACCACACACGUGCGUCCUUCCGGCAGGGCUACCGAAGGUUUUCAGCAGCCGUCUACUUCCCCGUUCCUAUCGCAGGUGAAUUCACCUGCAAGCACGCAGGCCAGCGGAGGCGUUGCAGUGCCGGCAGCCUUUUCCACAGCAUUACCAAAGUAA